UCAUUCUCCUCCCUCAUUCAUUCUACCACUUCUUUCUACAGAGAGACAAAAGAUACAUAAACUUAGAGAGUGUGUGUGUGUGUGUGAAUUUGCUUCUGAAUUGUAGCAAGCAACAAUGUCGAAUUCUCUAAGAUUUUUCACAAUCUGUUCACUAAUCGUUCUUGCGAUUGGCGUUUCCGUCAAUGCUGUUUCCAGUGGAGAAGAUAUUCAUGAGUUGAAGAGCUUAGUAACCAACUCGACGACUGCGAAUAAUAGAUUUGCAAUGGAAAGGAAUGAUAGUGUUGUUGUUGAUGAUCCGGAAAUGGUGGCUUCCAUGGUUCACAUGAGCAUUCGUAACAGCACAGAGAGAAGAAAACUAGGUUUCUUUUCAUGCGGCACAGGAAACCCAAUUGAUGAUUGUUGGCGAUGCGACAAAAACUGGCAACGCCACCGCAAGCGCCUGGCAGAAUGUGCAAUCGGGUUUGGACGGAGCGCAGUUGGUGGCCGUGAUGGUCAGUACUAUGUUGUAACCAACCCCAACGAUGACGAUGCAGUAAACCCUAAACCCGGAACCCUAAGACACGCUGUCAUCCAAGAUAAACCAUUGUGGAUUGUCUUUAAACGUGACAUGGUCAUUACCUUAAAACAAGAACUGAUCAUGAACAGUUUCAAAACAAUUGAUGCUCGCGGAGUUAACGUUCAUAUCGCAAACGGGGCUUGCAUCACGAUCCAAUACGUUACAAACAUUAUCAUACAUGGGUUGCAUAUUCACGACUGCAAGCGGACCGGUAAUGCCAUGGUUCGAAGCUCGCCUUCGCACUUUGGUUGGAGAACCAUGGCUGAUGGUGAUGGUAUUUCGAUCUUCGGCGGAAGCCAUAUUUGGAUCGAUCAUAAUUCUUUAUCGAACUGCGCUGAUGGUCUGAUUGAUGCCAUUAUGGGUUCGACCGCUAUUACCAUUUCGAAUAACUUAUUCACCCAUCAUAACGAGGUGAUGUUAUUGGGUCAUAGCGAUUCGUACAAGCGAGACAAGGUUAUGCAAGUGACUGUUGCUUACAACCAUUUCGGAGAGGGUCUUGUUCAGCGAAUGCCAAGGUGUAGGCACGGGUAUUUCCAUGUUGUAAAUAAUGACUACACGCACUGGGAAAUGUACGCUAUCGGUGGCAGUGCAAACCCCACUAUUAACAGUGAAGGCAACAGAUUCCUUGCACCAUCUAACCCGAACGCAAAAGAGGUGACAAAGAGAGUGAUAACAACUGGGAAAUGGAAGCAGUGGAAUUGGAGAUCAGAAGGAGACCUGAUGUUGAACGGUGCAUACUUCAUACCAACGGGUGCAGGCGCAGGAGCCAGCUAUGCAAAAGCUUCAAGCCUAAGUGCACAACCGUCUUCUGUAGUGGCCACUCUUACCUCCGGUGCUGGUGCACUUCCUUGCCGUCGAGGAAGACAGUGUUAAAUUGAUUAUUUUGAAAUGAAACACGAAAGGAAAUAAUCUUUAAUUUUUACACAAAUGUUGGUCCCAUUGCUAGAAGUUCAACCUCGGUGUUGCUCUCCUGGAGCAAGGCCAGAAGUGUUGUUCUCACUUAAAAUCGUUAUUCGUUACGAUAAAGCCUAUCACGAGUCUGUACAUUUAUGUAGUUUACAUGUAAUUCUCUUGAUAGACAGCAGGUAAUCAGCAUUUAAGAUUGUUUAGCCAAUAAUUAUUUCAUUAAAGAGAUUAUUUGAUGUGA